GCCACGUGCAAAUACAAUCUACUGCACCAUUCCAGAAUACACCAUCCGCAGUGACAUAACCUAAUUCUCUCAAAAGAAUACAAUUUCUUCUUCUCUACAGAUUCUAAUAUUCCUUUCUUCUUCCACGACCCCACAUCACACUUCUUGUUCCUUUUCUUGACUCUAUAUAUAUAUAGUAACACAGAGUUUGAAACCAAUUAACUAUUUUACGUAUAAACGCUAGGCAGCAAACUGUUAGGUCGUGAGUUUAAAUCUUUCUACAAUACAAACGCUUUCGUUCUGCGAUUAUUAAAAAAAACACAGAGAUUGGAGAUUUGAAAUAGUGUGAGAAAAUUGAAGAAAUGGCAGACUGGGGGCCGGUGGUGAUAGCGGUGGUGCUGUUCGUGCUGUUAAGUCCGGGGUUGCUGUUUCAGCUGCCGGGGAACGGCAGAAUUGUGCAGUUUGGGAACAUGCAGACCAGUGGGUUGUCUAUUUUGGUUCAUACUAUUAUCUUUUUUGCUCUUAUUACCAUCUUUCUUAUAGCUAUUGGUGUUCAUAUUUAUACAGGGUAGCUUAGGCUCUUCUGUUUCUUUUUGUGACAUUUUAUCUUGUAUUUGUUUGUUUGUCUUGAAGUAAUUCUAAUCUCUAUCAUCUUGUUCCCUAUAAAAGGGAUCAAUAUUUGAACCAAAGUAUAUCUUCCUAGACCGAUAAGAAUUCAGUUUAACUAGGUUUGAACAGAUUCGGAUCCGGUUCAACUGAGUUUGCUUUUUCUCAAUGUAAGUGUAAAAUAAGCUGAUAUUUAUUAUUUAAAUGGGUGUAUAUAUUUUAAGAUAUAUACAUAACCCAAAAUGCAGGUGAGUCGGUAAGACGCUUUAAAUGCAGGUGAGUCGGUAAGACGUUUUUUUGAUUUAAGCGAGGUCAGGUUUGAUA